GAGUUUGAGUCAUUUCUGCGCUGACUUGAUUCUUCCCCUCACCAACUGAACUGUGACUCCAACCCGCAUCUUCGACGACGCCCUUCUUGUGACCACGGCAACGUUACGAUUCCUACAGUUUCUGAGCAGCAUAUGUAACAUAUAUAGCAUAUACAUACAGCUGUUGUCACUUGCCAUUGCUUCCUCUUAUACGACUUGGACAAUGGAUCACGACCUGCUUGACAGCCUCCUGGACCUGGAGGGGGGGUUCUACAAGGAGGGCUACGACCUGGGAGCCACGGACGGCGCCCGGUCUGGCUACAGCGAAGGCAGUGUAUUCGCCGUGGAGAAGGGCUUCGAGAAGUUCCAGGAAAUAGGCAGGCUAUACGGCAAAGCUAUCGUCUGGGCCAAAAGAUUACCAGGAGACCACGGCUUCCUGAACCUACCAUCCACUUCAACCGCUACAUCUCCACAAGAUACCUCUGCCAAAUCAUCUUCUUCCUCCCCCUCGAAAGCACAGGGUCCUAAUCGCGAGAACGAUAAGGUAGAUAUCCUCAAUUUGGGCACUACCCAUACUCCCGCCACUCCUUUGCCCGCCUUACCCCCAUUACCCCGCAACUCCCGUCUAGAGAAACAUAUCGCCAGCCUCCUCUCUCUCGUCGACCCGCUCGCGCUCUCCAUGGAAAACUCCGAAGAUGCCGUUGAGGAUUUUGACGAACGGUUGAAAAAAGCCGUGGCGAAGGUGAAAUUGAUAGAGAGGAUCCUGGGCGAACAGAAUACCGUUGAUGGUGGCUCGUCCGUUACCAACAAUAAAAAUAAUAGCCGGGAAGGAAGCCGCCCUGUUGAUGGGGAUAGUAUUGAGGAUUUUGGGACGUUGCCGGCAAGGAUGCAGCAGAUUAAGGAUUGAAAUUGUGGCUCAGAUUCAUGAAUUGGAUCGGUCCCUUCCUUUCUUCUCUUAAUUUGGGAAAAGGAGAGCUAUUAACUGAGAUGAAGCGUAGGAAUUCCUUCAGACACAAGGAAGGGAUGGACUCUGUGCUUAUGUCGGGGCGGGUCUGAAAAUAGAAGGCCAGAAUGCCUCAGUCCAGUCCUGUAGAGAGCCCGCCCGGGGGGGGGGGGGGGGGGUUCUCAUGGGCCAUUCAACAUUCAACCAUUUAUUUAAGAGCUCUUCCACGGAAUGUUGGCCUUGGCCCGCCUAGCUAGCGGGGGAGGAAACCCGACAGUAUUAGUUCCCUCCUUUUGCUACAUCUUAGUUAUGGCUACGGUUGUUAUUUAACGGAGACAAGUCGAUGUGGUACGGCUUCCGCAUCAAGCGCAUCGCCAGCGGGCGACUCCAGUUUGGGUGCUGACAGGGGUUAGUUAUGACACAAGGGCUAAUGGCCCGAGGAUGGAAAUAUAACGGGUCUAUGAUAUUUUGAUUUGGCUUGUUGGCGCAGGAAUUACUGGAGAGUUAUAUAUACAGUUUGAACAUAACCGAAUCCCCCUUUCCUUUCUUAACUCCGAGAAUACGUCUUGAGAAAUACCACAACUAUGUACCCAUCGGCAGCGCAAUAACCCUAAUAUUAUUAUCCCUACUCAUAUUUUCCAUAACACAAAGCAUAAAUAACACAAAAUGGAUUCCCACACAAGCAAAACAAAACACAUCCCCCAGUCUUCACAUCUUACCCCAAACUCCUAACCGCCAUCGCAAACGCGCCCUCCCUCGUCGCAUGCCCCCCAAUAAACCCAUUCGCAUGCACAAAUACCGCACCAGGAGGUACCACCACACUCGCCUCCUCACUCGCCAACACUCUAUCCAGAUCCUCAUCCCUAACCCCACACCACGCCUCCGGCAACGGCUUCCUGGACUCAAAACUCACAUCCGUGACCGGUACACACUGCACGCGCCACUUGGCCUCCGGCGCCGUUGACUCCGGGUACAGCACGUAAUACACCUGUCUCAAAAGAUCCGCACCAGCCUCUGCCGCCGCGGCCGCGGCCGCCGCCUCCUCCAGCGCAAACAAAUGCUCCUUCCACGGAACCCCCGCAGUGGGCAACACCAGUAUCUGCCCAGAGGCAUGUGUGUCAAAGCGCGCCUUGUACGCCUCGCUCACCGUCGCGCGCGCAGGGAGCCAUGAGCUACUCGCAACACGCAGUUUGCGCAGGAACGCGCCGCCGAUGAACCUACUCGCGUUCUCGAAGAGGGCGUCUUCGUCCUGCGGCUCUGCCGCGGUGGGGUCUGGAUGGUUCAGAUCGCCCACGAGGGCGCCGAGAUUGAUGCCGCCGUCGCGGAAGCGUUUCUGCACGCCGGCCGCGGCGAGGGCGGCGCUAUCGUAGACGGAGAUGCCGUUGUCGUUCGCGUCGAGCGCCUCGAUGAAGUCUGUGUAUAGCUUUUCGUACAGGGUGGCUACGUCGGGGUGGUCGACGGGGAGGGCGGUGUGUUGGGCUAUGAUGGCUUUGCCGAAGUGGAGGUAGAUGAGGCCGGCGGAGGAGAGCUUUGUGGUAUGUUGCGGGAAAGUAGUUGUGAAGGAUCGCUGGUGGUGGUCGUAGCGGUUGCGGGCGGGGUCGUAUUCGCCGCCGACGUCGACGACGGUGUGGCAGGUGGCUAGGAGGGAGGGGUCGCGGGUACGGAUGAGGGGGGAGGAGGUGUAGGUUGGUAGGAGGCGGAGGAGGUAGACGGCUAGGGCUUCAUCGGCGUGGAAGUGGCCGCUGGAGAAAUGGGUUGAAGUUAGUUAAAACUAUAUAGAACUUAACUGCGUUUUUGGCGCAUGUAGUUCGGGAAUGUUGGGACGAUACUUGUGAGUGCCGAUUGUGGGAGGGGAGGUCCUGAGCCUCUUUGCGGCGGUUUCUUCGGCCAUUCUGAACAAGGAACGUAAACAGAGCAUACAACAGAGGCCGCGGAUAAUUGUCUGGUUAAUGUUGUACGCAGGAUGAAAGUAGUUCGCAGCUUCAAUAUCUAUCUUGAGACUGACAAGAUUCCAAUGAUGAAUUGGCGGGCGGGGAAGUUUUGACUUGGCCGGAUUGGGGCAAGGCUAGGGCUUAGGGCUAGUUAGCUUACAGCGUAAUCUACGCAGUUGUUAGUAACUAGUUAACGUUACUCCCUACAGCGUAAUCUAUCUCUCUCCCUUUUUGACGUUAUG